GUGUUCCUGUUGAGGGCGGGCCUGCGCAGGCAAGCGCUACCUGCACAACAGCAGGAAGAAGAGAUCACAGACAACUUAGACCACACGUGAGCCGCGUCAGGUUUUGACAGACUGAAAGUAGAUGGCAUUCCUGGGGGAGGUUUAUACGACUACACACCAGGGCUUUUACAUUGAAAGUUCUGAGCGGAAGUGCUGUCGCGUGUUCUCGCUGCCUUGACACUGGCUGAAAAUCCGACAGCUGCACAGAAAUGGAGUGUCAAUGUGAGAAGAACAACUCUGAUGAUGCCGUUUCAGGCUGGUGGCUGAACGGCAACAGCGUCCAGAUGGGAGCUUUUACUGUGGUGGGGUAUCUUCUCUACAGAUUCUCACAGACGCUCCCAGCUCUGAUCCGAUGGCCGAUUCGUCUCUUCUGCUCUCUAACUGGUCUGUCAGCUCUUUGGAGCUGGGUGAGCCGCCUCGUGGGAACGCUCCGCGGAAUCCAGAGCCUGUUCAAGUGGCUGUCUCGAGUGUGGAAGUUUGUCGUAGCGUUUUCCUCCAAGUUCAAGUGGCUGGUCGCUGUCGUCAAAGCCAUCACAGGGUCGUCUGGAGACGGAGCAGAGUCGGGGACAACUCCAGCCAACAUACUGAACCUGUUGACUGACCUCUCCGGCGGCAGCUGUCCCACCAAGCCAGGCCUCAGGCUGAUCCUCCUCGGGCCCACUGGUGGAGGACGGACCUCCCUGGCAGACACUGUGCUGGGCAGCAGUGAGACAAAGUCGCCCACGGGUCCUCUGAUGGAAAGCACCAAGCGAAGGUCAGUAGUGGACGGCAGAGAGGAUCACGGUGAUCGACACCCCAGAUCUUCUGGGGCCGUCGCUGGGGAACAGCAAGAGAGCAAAGGAAGCUUUAAGGAGCCUUCAGCUCGCCAGUCCUGGACCGCACGCCUUCCUGCUAGGUGAUCCAGGCUCCAGGGUCCAGCAUGGGGAUCGACCAGGACGCCACACAGGCGAUCCAAGCCACCCUGGAGCUGUUUGGACACGAGGUGACGGAGCACGUCAUCAUAGUCCUCACCCACGCGGACCGCCUGGGCCCGAGGCGUACUGUGGAUCAGCUGCUGGAUGUGGACACCGGGGACCUGAGAAGGGCUGUGUCUCUAUGUGGCAAGAGACCUGAGCUGGUGGACAACAGGCCGGACUGCCCUGCACAGGUGCAGAGCGCGACACGAAGGCAGCUGCUGGGGCGCGUGAUGGAGAUGAAGGAGCUGAGGGGGCAUUUUGUCCACGAGCUGCAGAGGAGCGAGGACCGAGUCAGGGAGGAGCUGCUCGCUCACAUGGCCUCUGUACUGGCUAGAAAACUGGGACACAUGUAAAUUAGAGAAGAAGAAGGAGAGUUCGUGUUGCUGGUGUGUGUUUCUGUGUGAGAGAGUUGCUGGGGUAGUGAAAAAACAAGGAGGCAGGAUUCAGUCAUGUGUUAAACAUGCAAUUUUGACUUUAAGUGUGAGGGUGAUUCUCUGCCCGGGGUAUUUUUGUCACUCUGCUGGUUUACCACUGUCCAAAUGAAUUUACUACCGCUGGUGGCCUUUUGGUUUUCAACAUGCCACAGAUGCUUUUGGUUAGAUAUCAUGGUCACACAGACUUAAUUUUCCUAUCUUGACAUGCUGUAAUUCUUCAAUAUCUGUAUGUGCUUUUGUAUAGGCCCGUGGCUCGUGUUUUCCUUCUCUGCUCCAGCGCUUAGCCCUCCUCUUCUUCUUCUAUAUUUAUAAGAGGUAUCAAACUUUAAAGAUGAUCAGGAAAAAUAAACUGAAGUCACACUGGGACUAGAGUUCAGUAAAACUGGCACCAUUUUGUUGGUGGUCAGAGCUUUUAAUGACUUGAAACACAGAUUACACCAGGAAAGCAGAGUGACUCUGUGGUUAUAGUGAGAGCACUUUACAUCCAGUACAGGCCUUCGUCAGACCGGUCAGGUUCCUCAUGGGCAUAAUGAUGCAUAAACCUCUAACCACAGAAUAAAAAAAUCACACCCACUCGUCCGCUCUUCUGUCACCAAUCCUGACCUGUAACCUGAAGAAAUUCACCCUCCACAAGUCUGAGCCUGACCACAAGACAGAUGGAAGAAACCAUUAUCAUCACACGCUACGAGAUAGCAUCUGUUGUUUUACUGGUUAUGGAUGAACUAACUGAAAAUGUGCAUGACAUAUUAGCUCCAAGAAUUUCUCAUGCCACUGUUUGUUUUAAUUUCUUUAGAAGAAUAAAUCUGAGUAACUGAGGGAAAACAGGAUGUAACUGAUAAAUA